CACCAUGUUCGUCUUCAAGCGAGGUAUGGGCUUCCUUGACACUCCCCGAAGCAUCCAUGGGCAGCUCAUCUGCCUACGGAGGGCGUGUAGCCGUGGAUUGACUCGCUGACAAAAUUUGCAGAUGGACGCAAAGAACGCGUUCAGUUCGACAAGAUCACGGCUCGUGUCUCGAGACUGUGUUACGGCCUCGACCCAGAACACGUCGAUGCAGCAGCUAUCACGCAGAAAGUCAUUUCAGGUGUCUAUCAAGGUGUCACCACCAUUGAGCUGGACAACCUGGCGGCAGAGACGGCAGCGUACAUGACCGUCACUCAUCCAGACUAUGCCAUCCUCGCAGCACGUAUCGCUGUCUCCAACCUCCACAAGCAGACCAAGAAACAAUUCUCCUCCGUCAUCUCAGAUCUUUACCACUAUGUCAACCCCAAGAACGGCAAGCUUUCCCCCAUGAUCUCAAAGGAGACGUAUGAAUGUGUUAUGAAACAUGCCGACGAGUUGAACUCGGCCAUUGUCUAUGACCGAGACUUUAACUACCAAUACUUCGGCUUUAAGACGUUGGAAAGAUCAUACCUCCUCAAGAUCGGCAAGCAAGUUGCUGAACGACCACAACACAUGCUUAUGCGUGUGUCUGUUGGCAUCCACGGAGAUGACGUUGAGAAGGCCAUUCAGACAUACAACCUCAUGUCCCAGAAAUGCUUUACUCACGCGUCUCCCACGCUGUUCAAUGCCGGAACACCACAGGCUCAGUUGUCAUCUUGCUUCUUGAUCGACAUGAAGGAAGAUAGCAUUGAGGGCAUCUACGACACUCUCAAGACAUGUGCAAUGAUCUCCAAGACUGCCGGUGGUAUUGGUCUCAAUGCUCACUGCAUUCGUGCUACUGGCUCUUAUAUUGCCGGAACCAACGGCACUUCCAAUGGCCUCAUUCCUAUGCUCCGAGUCUUCAACAACACUGCCCGCUAUGUUGACCAAGGUGGCAAUAAGCGACCUGGUGCCUUUGCCAUCUACCUCGAGCCAUGGCACGCAGAUGUCUUUGACUUCCUCAACCUGAGAAAGAACCACGGAAAAGAGGAGGUCCGUGCUCGUGACUUGUUCUACGCUCUGUGGACUCCAGAUCUGUUCAUGGAACGUGUUGAGAAGAACCAAGAUUGGACACUUUUCUGCCCUCAUGAGGCUCCCGGUCUUGCCGAUGUCUAUGGCGAGGAAUUCGAGGCUCUCUACGAGCGCUACGAAAAGGAGGGCCGUGGUCGUUCAACCAUCAAAGCCCAGAAACUGUGGUAUGCCAUUCUCGAAUCACAGACCGAGACUGGUACGCCGUACAUGCUUUACAAGGAUGCCUGCAACCGAAAGAGCAACCAGAAAAACCUGGGAACCAUCCGCAGCUCCAACCUUUGCACGGAGAUUGUCGAAUAUACUGCACCAGAUGAGGUGGCUGUGUGCAAUCUUGCCUCUUUGGCUUUGCCAACAUUUGUCGACCAAGCUCGCGGUGAGUAUGACUUUGGUCGUCUCCACGAAGUGACUCAGGUCGUCACCCGUAAUUUGAACAAGAUCAUUGACGUCAACUACUAUCCUGUUCCUGAGGCGAAGAACAGCAAUAUGCGCCACAGACCUAUUGGGUUGGGUGUCCAGGGCUUGGCUGAUGCUUUCCUCGCUCUUCGUCUUCCUUUCGACUCUCCGGAAGCCCGCCAACUCAAUAUCCAGAUCUUCGAAACCAUUUACCAUGCUGCCCUCACGGCUUCUUGUGAGCUUGCCCAGGAGGAGGGGACAUAUUCGACAUACGAGGGUAGCCCUGUCUCUCAGGGCAUCCUUCAGUAUGACAUGUGGAAUGUCACUCCCACUGACCUUUGGGAUUGGGACUCCCUGAAGGCUGAUAUUGCUAAGCAUGGCGUUCGCAACUCUCUCCUCGUUGCUCCUAUGCCUACUGCAUCAACCUCGCAAAUUCUGGGCAACAACGAGUGCUUCGAGCCAUACACAUCCAAUAUCUACUCCCGACGUGUUCUGGCUGGUGAAUUCCAAGUCGUCAACCCGUGGUUGUUGAAGGACCUGGUCGACCUUGGACUCUGGUCCGACAACAUGAAGAACCGUAUCAUCGCUGACGGAGGCUCCAUCCAGAAUGUACCCAACAUUCCGGCGGAGAUCAAGGCUUUGUACAAGACUGUUUGGGAAAUUAGCCAGCGUAACGUCCUACAGAUGGCCGCUGACCGUGGUGCCUUUAUCGAUCAAUCUCAGUCUCUCAACAUCCAUCUCAAGGAGCCAACUAUGGGCAAGAUCACCUCGAUGCACUUUGCUGGCUGGAAGAUGGGUCUCAAGACCGGCAUGUACUACCUGCGAACCAUGGCCGCCUCCCAGCCCAUCCAGUUCACAGUCGACCAAGAACAGCUCAAGGUUGCUGACACCAACAUUGCCCGUGAGCGUAGCGCGCCUAAGAAGCGCACCUCGCUCGGAUUCGGUCAGGCCAACAGUGUGCGCCCUAUGUAUGCGUCCAAGACAUCCAACCUUGGCGCUGGUGGGCAAGCCACGUCCAUGAACGGCAUCCCAACGCCUACUUCCACGCCCCCUCCUCAGGAGGAGAAACAGCUGGUCAACAAACUUGCCCGGACUCGUCUGAGUGAAGGCACUAGCAGCGAGGAGCCCAGCCCGAAGGUGUUGCCUACUGACCCAGUCGACGUGCCCGUCGUCGAAGAGAGUCUCGAGAAUAGAGCACAGAUCAAGGCUCUUCAGGACGAAGACAAGGACAGCGACUCCGAAGAGCGCGAAGGUGAUAUUUACGCGCAGAAGGUGUUGCAGUGCUCGAUUGAAAACAAGGAGGCUUGCAUUAUGUGCAGUGGUUAGAAAAAGCUGUUGUUUUAGGUCAACACGGAUGUUCAGUGUACACAAGGCCUUGUGAUUGAUUGAGGGUAUUGAUGGGUCUUCUCUAUGCACAGUUUGAAGAUGGAGUACGGAGUGUGUAUGUUGACUGGGAUGGGUCUGCAUGGGUGUUGUUUUGCGUUGGAUGUGAUAAUGAACUUUUCCCCGGGUUAUGUCGUUAGUCUUGCCUAUGUUGUGUAAGAAGGUCUCAUAUCCAGCCAGGCUGUGCUAUGCACUGUGGCUGAUCUUUGUACGAAAGCCAUCAAAAUGUGGAUAUCUAUGCAUUCUGA